AGCCGUGUUCGGUUCUCCUCGGCACUUUCCGUGGCCUCCGAUUUCCCCACAGUGAAUGACAGUGCCGGACUCCGCCGGACGGAGCAUAAAGGGCUUUCCUCGUCGCUGGAUUUCGCCACAGGAGCGAUGAUGUUCCGAGGUCUUGGUUUGUGAAGCUGAUAUAUCGGACUGAUAUGUCAACCUUGACUCGUAUCCCAGUGAACGAGGUCAGCCUGCGCUCCGGGGACCGAAUCGCGGUGCAGUUUGGCGUCCCCGAAGCCCGGAGGUAUCGCUUUUCACGGGCCAGUUCUGAGUUGUUGUCGCUAAAUGUCACCAGCAGUAACGAGCCCAGCCUUGUUUUCCUGGGUAGGUUGGAAUAGCUAGCAGGUCGUCGUUGGAUCGAGUAGAAGCAGAGCAGUGCCAUGUACUCAGAGUGGAGGUCGUUGCACCUGGCGCUCCAGAGUGACCAGGGACACCUAAGCGUCCUUCAUACGUAUCCCCCAACGGUGGGCCGUGAAGUGGCCAAUACCGUGGUGCGCCCCCUUGGGGCCACCCUCAGCAACCCCGGAUCAGAAAGCAUCCUCAAAACCGACAAAGAGGUCAAAUGGACGAUGGAAGUGCUCUGCUAUGGCCUGUCACUACCUCUGGAGGGAGACACCGUCAAGCUGUGUGUGGAUGUCUACACGGACUGGAUGAUGGCGCUGGUGGCCCCUCGGGACUCCAUCCCUCAGCCCAUCAUUAAUGAACCCAACCUCUAUGUUCAGACCAUCCUGAGACACCUACACAAUCUCUUUCUCCCCAGGCAGGAGCCAAGCAGCCCCAUUCACUUCCGCCUGUGUCAGCAGGUGCUCUCGGCAGUGCAGAUGCUGGCUAAGCAGUCCAGCACCAUGGUCCGGGAGACCUGGGAGGUUCUGCUCCUCUUCCUGCUAAGGAUCUGUGACACCCUGUUGGCCCCACCCACCGUUGCUGGUGGGAUAGCAGAAAACUUAGCAGGGAAGCUAAUGGGCGUGCUGUUCGAGGUGUGGUUACUGGCUUCCGCCCGCUGCUUUCCGACGCCGCCCUACUGGAAGACAGCCCGUGAGAUGCUGGCCAACUGGAGACACCACCCUCCAGUGGUGGAGCAGUGGAACAAGGUUAUAUGUGCCCUUACCUCCAGAUUGCUCCGGUUCACCUAUGGACCUUCAUUCCCUCCGUUCAAAGUUCCAGAUGACGAUGCCAGCAAGAUUCCCACCGAGAUGGACGACGACUGCGUGGCUCAGACCUGGCUGCGCUUCCUGCACAUGCUCAGUAACCCAGUGGACCUGAGCAACCCUGCCAUCAUCAGCACCACGCCCAAGUUCCAGGAGCAGUUUCUCAACGUCAGUGGGGUCCCCCAGGAGAUCGUCCAGCACCCCUGCCUCAAACAGCUGCCCCAGAUCUUCUUCCGUGCCAUGAGGGGAGUCAGCUUUCUUGUGGAUGCUUUCCUCGGUGUUGCGGCCUCAAAGUCAGAGACCCGUGACCAUCUGCCAUCUUAUGGGGUUACAGUGAGUAGGACCUAUAUACGCACCAGACUACCCUCUUUAGGUUUCGUGACAUCUAGGAACAAUUUUCGAGAGAGGCUACCCUAUGGUAUCUCUCGGCCGAGAUCAGACAGUGCCCCGCCCACACCUGUGAACCGGCUGAGCAUGCCACUGCCCCCCAGUGCCAUAAACACCACACCCCCACACAACCGUCGGCAUCGGACCACAGUGGUCAAGACGACCAGCAAAGCUUCCACGGGAACUACUCCCCACCAGCCCAAAGUGUCUCACCCGACCACCUCCUCGUCCCCCCUGUCCAGUCCCAACCAAACGAACGCAGAGCCUCGCCCUCUGCCAGCCCCCUCCAGACCAAAGGUCAACAGCAUCCUCAACCUUUUUGGCCAGUGGCUUUUUGAUGCCUCACUAGUGCACUGUAAACUCCAUGAUGGCUUCAACAGGGACAACACCAUGACUGCAUCUUUUAUCCAAAUUCUUCUUUCUUAUAAAUCUUCCCUGGCCACUCAAGCUGGCAUGGAGCUCCGCAGAAAGGGAUCCCAGUUGUCCACUGACACCAUGGUGUCCAACCCCAUGUUCGACACUAACGAGUUCCCCGAAAACUACGAGUCCGGCAGGGCCGAGGCCUGUGGGACGGUUUGUAGGAUCUUCUGCAGCAAGCGAACCGGGGAGGAGAUAUUGCCUGUCUAUCUCUCCAGGUUUUAUAUGGUCCUGGUCCAGGGUUUGCAGAUCUCAGACUUCAUCUGUAGACCUGUGCUGGCCAGCAUCAUCUUGAACUCCACGUCGCUCUUCUGCUCUGACCUAAAGGGUGUUAACGUCGUGGUCCCCUACUUCAUCUCCGCCCUGGAAAACAUUCUGCCGGACAGGGAGCUUUCCAAGUUCAAAUCCUAUGUCAACCCCACUGACCUGAGACGAGCUUCCAUCAGCAUCCUGCUUUCAAUGCUUCCUCUUCCUCACCACUUUGGGAAUAUAAAGUCUGAGGUUCUUCUGGAGGGCAAGUUCAGCAAUGAUGAAAACUCAGUAUCCGACAAAGCUCAGACCUUCCUUUCCCUGAGGUUGCGGCUGGUGAACAUCCUGAUCGGGGCCCUGCAGACGGAGACCGACUCCAUCAACACGCAGAUGAUCCUGGGUGCGAUGCUGAACAUCGUCCAGGAUUCUGCCCUUCUGGAGUCGAUAGGGACGCAAACUGAAAUGGGAAGCAUCGAGGGUAAUGGCACACUGAAGAGCCACAGCCGUAACAACAGCAGUAUCAGCACGACCAGUGGAGGCAGCUCGCAGCCCACAACGCCAGACAGCGAGCGUCCGGCUCAGGCCCUUCUCCGGGACUACGCUCUUCAUACAGAUACAGCCGCCGGCCUCCUGGUCCGCAGUAUCCACCUGGUCACCCAGAGACUCAACAAGCAGUGGAGGUCCGAUAUGAGCGUGUCGCUGGCUGCCCUGGAGCUCUUGGCUGGCCUGGCCAAGGUGAGAGCCAAUUUGGAAUCUUCGGACAAGAAGUGCGCCGUCAGCUCCGUGUGCGGCUACAUCGUGUAUCAGUGCAGCCGGCCCGCACCACUGCACUCGCGGGACCUGCACUCCAUGAUCGUGGCGGCUUUCCAGUGCCUGUGCACCUGGCUGACGGAGCACCCUGACAUGCUGGACGAAAAGGACUGCCUGAUAGAGGUGCUGGAGAUCGUGGAGCUGGGGAUCUCAGGGAGCAAGUCGAAGACCAGCGAGCAGGAGGUGCGUUACAAGGGGGACAAGGAGCACAACCCGGCCUCCAUGAGGGUGAAGGACGCCGCGGAGGCCACACUGUCCUGCAUCAUGCAGGUGCUGGCCGCCUUCCCCUCCCUCAGUGGCCCCUCGUCCAUGUGCAGCCUGCUCAACGAGGACACUUUGAUCCGCUACUCCAGGCUUACCUCCACCAGCAGGGACAACUUCCGCUACUUCGUCCUGGACAACUCCGUCAUUCUGGCCAUGCUGGAGCAGCCGUUGGGGAACGAGCAGAACCCCUGUCCUGCUGUGACCAUCCUGAUCCGAGGCGUGUCCGGCAGACACGCAUGGACCAUGCAGCUGUACCACCAGCCCAGAGUAGCGCGUGCCAAUCAGAAGCAGGUAUUUGUCCCUGAGCGCCGCCCCACCCCUAAGAACGACGUGGGCAUUCGCUUCAACGUCAAACACAGAGCCUUCCCAGAGGAAGUCGAUAAGAUCCCUUUUGUGAAGGCGGACAUGAGCAUUCCGGACCUGGAUGACAUCGUAAGCAAGCCGCUGGAGGUGCAGCACGAGAAGCUUAGGAACUUGAUGGUCAAGCAGAUGGAGUACGAGGUGGCUCUGGAGCGCCAAAGCGAGGAGGUGUGGAAGAGCAAGCCCUUCCCCGACCCCCAGGUGGACUGCAAGCCCCCGCCGCCCUCGCAGGAGUUCCAGACCGCGCGCCUCUUUCUCUCACACUUCGGUUUCCUGUCCCUAGAAGCACUGAAGGAAUCGGGUAACAGCCGGCUGCCGCCAAACCUCAUCGCUCUGGAUUCCGCCCUGCCCGGCUUCUUCCAAGACAUGGAGUACCUGGACCUUCUCCCCUGCCGGCCGUUUGACACGGUGUUCAUUUUUUACGUGAGGGCGGGUCAGAAGACCAGCCAAGAGAUCUUGAGGAACGCGGAAUCCUCAGUCAACAUCCAGCCACAUUUCCUGGAGUUUCUGCUGUCCCUGGGUUGGCCUGUAGAUGUGGGUAGUCACCCAGGGUGGACGGGGAAUGUGGACACCAGCUGGUCCAUCAACUCCUGUGUUGAUGGCGAAGGUCAGCAGCAGGAGGAAGGAUUCCCGGUAGAUGACACCAGUGGAUCCAUGUUUAAUGGCGAGAAGAAAGUCCUGUAUUACGCUGAUGCUCUGACUGAAAUUGCCUUUGUUGUUCCGACUUUGACAGAUGCCUCCAGUGACUCCUCGGAAAAUGGCCACACCCCGUUAGAUACGGACUCGCAGAUGGGCCUGCUGCCUGGCAUUCAGUCCAACCUGACGCUGGAGCUCUUCCCAAACCACUCUGAGAACCUCGGCCAACCGCAGAGGAUGAGCCCCACUUCAAAGACAAAGAAAAUUCACUGUGGAAGGAACAUACCUCCUCUGGGCCCAGAGACAAAGGUUCUGGUGGUUUGGGUGGAGCGCUAUGAUGACAUCGAAAACUUUCCGCUUUCAGAUCUUUUGUCAGAAACCAGUACUGGAGUCGAGUCGUCAAACAGCAGCACAUCAUACAGGCCGGUUGCUUCAGAAAAAGACGUCCCAGUGGUUUUCAUUCACCCCCUGAAGACCGGAUUGUUCCGCAUCAAGCUGCAUGGAACGACGGGCAAGUUCAGCAUGGUCAUCCCCCUGAUGGACGGCAUGGUGGUCAGCCGGAGGGCGCUAGGGUUUUUAGUGAGGCAGAUGGUCAUCAACGCGUGCCGGCGGAAGAGGCUAGAGAGUGACUCAUACAACCCUCCGCACGUGCGGCGGAAACAGAAGAUCGCCGACAUCUUCAACAAAUACCGCAGCAAACAGCUGGAGCCCGAGUUCUAUACCUCACUCUUCCAGGAUGUAGGGGGGAGGAGCUUGAAUCCUUGACCCUGCCCACUGAACACCGGACUACUGCUGGACCAGCACCAAAUCCUAUAUAUUUCUAAAACUAUUUUUGUUACUUCUCUCAGUACACGACUAUGUCAUUUUAAAGGGGAUGUCCACGGUAGAGUGGUACGUUUACCACAGAAUCAUGGCCACACCAGUCUGCCAGCCGCCCCAGGCCCACCCAAACCUGCUGGUACCCCAGGACAGCCCCGGGAGCUCUGGGGAGGGGGGCAGUGGGCAUGCUGCUGUGUAUCAGAGAGUAGAGAGAGUCUGCCAAAGAGGUUAAGUAGCAGAUUGGAGGGGAGUGAUGGAGCUGAAUCAUUUUUUCCCUGGAGAAUCCAACAGUGUCCUGUAGAUCUCUGAGCGAUUUCCACUGUUUCACUGUAUGUAUCUGACACUGAUCAGCAGUUGGCUUUUCCAUGACUUAUUUUAUGGACAAAUAUUCUGUACAACAACCAAAUAGUCAGAUAAUAGCAAUCUCCUAUGCUACUUUUGUUGCUCCUUCAGUUAUUGCAAUAGACACAAGUAAAAGACCUGCCUUUUCGUAAAGUAAAACCCAGAUUAACUCCUCUACGCCUGAUUUCAGCCGUCAACAUUCAUCAGCGUUCAUGUUAAUAGUCUCAGGUAGUUUAUCCUGCAUGUUACAUAUGCAUUUCUGUUUGGUCAUGCAUUUAAUCUGCAAGCUGAUCAUUAUCCCCCCCCCUUUCAUUGUUGUGUAAUUAAGGUAAUUUUUUUUAAUCAAUUUUCUUACAUUGUGGAAUUCAGUACAGUCAUCAUCUGCUUUUAGCCUGAUUUAAUUCAGGACUGUUCUUGGCAAUCACAAUGUUGUGUUUUGUCCAUAUUGACCCAUUGUGGGUGUUUAUCUAUUUGCUUGUUUUAAGAAUAACAAAAAACAUCAUUAUGGCAAAUUUAGCCCACCAAGUCUUCCCUCUCUUUUCGGCAGUCCUUUGGCUCACAAUAAGAACUGAAAGCAAUAUGUAUUUCAAAACCAUUCACAAUUAAAGGUAUGAGGGGUAGACUUGUUACUCUUUUAAUAGUGCCAGUGGUCACGGACACUUAUAAAAUCUCCAGGGUGAAAGGUUAACUUAUGUUGAAAGUAGUUGUGUUUUUUUUUUGCCCUCACUGCUGUUUUGGCUCGGUGCACAUUCUGCUUCUCUUUUGACCCUUAAUUUACACCUCCGAAGGUGUCACAACCCUUUAGCCCACUCCAGGCCUUACAACACAUGAUCGUUACACACCUAGAAUGAAAGACUUUGAACGUCACUGUUCAUGUAUCUUCAGCUGGUUGUGUCAAGUCUAUGUACCAAUAGUUUUUAAGUACUUUUUUAAAAAUGGAAAAAUAAACUGCUUGGCAUAUACCUACUGAAUGCCUACCGUUACUGUUUAAUUUACUCUUUGAACACUCCAUUUAAAAAUACUGUGGCAUUUUUGGUUAAAACAAACAUUACUACUCAAAGAGAAUUGUUUUCAGCAGAGAUAUUGUCAUGUCAAUGAAGAUACACAUUUUAAACUUUUGAAAGAGAUUGCACAGAGGAAUGUGAAAGGGUAUACUAUUAAAGCCAUUAUUUGCUAGAAACAUAAUGGUACAUUGUUUAAAACAGCCCAAACUUGAUUUUUGUCCUGUUCCUUUUGAACAGCUUGUGUUCUGUAAAUAUUGCUGGCUUUAACUUGAGGUGUAUAGAGCUGGACGUCUAUGUGUAAAUAUGAAAAUGUGAAGUUUAUUUCAUUUGUUGGUUCUCUUUAUGAGGAAAGGCACAAAAUGCGUGUUUGUAUUUAUGCCAACAAUAAGUGUCCAAAAAUAAGCCGUUGGAUAUUGAAUGUAACACAUGUAUUGAAUAAAAAUUUUAAAGAGCUUCUUAUCAUAAAAACAUA